AUGGGCGAAUUCUUCUUUAAUAUUGAUCACGGAUAUUUGGAGGGUUUAAUUCGUGGCUUCAAAGAGGGUAUCCUCACGCAGACUGAUUACGCUAAUCUUGUACAGUGUGAAACACUUGAAGAUUUGAAGUUGCAUAUUCAAUCAACCGAUUAUGGCAACUUCUUAGCAAAUGAACCGGGCUCGAUCACUGUUCAGGUGAUUGAUGAACGUUUGAAAGAAAAAUUGGUAACCGAAUUUACACAUAUCAGAAACAAUGCUCUUGAACCGCUGUCAACGUUCCUCGAUUACAUUACGUUGGUUUUAAUUUCAUUGUACACUUGA